AGUCGUGCGGGUCCGGGCUGUCGCCAUUGUGUUGCAGGGAGAGGCGGCCGCCUUGGCGUGGCAGCCCGUGGGCCCGGCCCGACUUGGCCCCUCCGGUGGAUCCUCAGCCCCUGAAUGUCUGCGGCGUGAGGGUUGUGCCGCGAGAGAUAAAAAGAAUGGAGUCAAAACCCUCACGAAUUCCUCGAAGGAUAUCUGUUCAGGCCUCCAGCUCAUCGCUAGGAUCUAGAACAUUGACUGGAAACAGUUUAGCUGGUGCAUAUAGCGCAAGAGAAUCUUCACGGAGAUUAGAAUCUGGAUACCAGGAAUCCAGUGUGUUGAAUAGUUCCAGUAGAGACUGGGGAAUUGGAGAAAGAGACACCCGUGAAACUCCUUGGAAGCUUACAACAUCCUCUCCAACUCGCUACUCGGGGACACUUGAUCAUCCACAUUCUGGAAGAUUUUUGGGAAGCAGAAGCAGAUUGUCUACAUCUUCUUCCUCUCAUUUUACAUCUGGGUGUUAUGGUGACUCUGAGAGAACUCAGGGAGCAUAUUCAAGACUGCAUAGCCAGCAGCGAGAUAGUGAUUCAAAGAGACCUAAGCUAUCUUGUACAUCUACCUCUUCUGUGAGAAGUAAUGGCUUGACUGCCUUUUCAGAUUCCUCUUGGAGAUAUAGCAGGAUUCCUAGAUCUUCAUCAGUGAUGCUUGGCUCCCUUGGAACUGAGCUGGUGAGAGAGCGAAGAGAGUUGGAAAGAAGGACAGAUCUGUCUGUUAAUAACCUGGUGGAUCACAGCUACAGAAACAGUGACUUUUCAUCUUCAACAUAUCUUCAAGACAGGCCUGCCUCUUCGUAUGCAGAGGGAGCAAGACCAAAAGAGAACUCAUUAAGCACUUUGAGGCUGAAUGCAUCCAUGAACCGCCAGUUGUCUUCUGAUCAUCAGCCAUCUUUUUUCAACAGAGACUCUAACAUGAGCUCUUCAAGAUCCAGCUAUUCUUCAAGACAAAGGAGAAAUGAAUUAGAAUCUCCCCAGAGAAGCAUGCAGCCAGCGUUUUCUCUUACUGCCAUUAGAGAUGAAACUCCUUCCUCAAGUGGUUCUGAAAGGGUUUUAUCUUCUCAGAGGUCCUUGAAUGAGCCUGUAGCUGACAGUGAAGGGAGGCGCACAACCAGACAGCUGCUGUCUCGUUUAGCAUCUAGUAUGUCAUCUACAUUUUUCUCUCGAAGGUCUAACCAAGACUCAUUGCAUACAAGAUCAUUAGGCUCUGAAGAAUCAACGGUGGUCCCAAGAGUUCAAGCAUCGACUCUGUCGAGCAGUAAUGGAGCUGCAACUCCGGAAGUUCCAGGACUUCAGACAUCUGAAGCUUCUCAGGGAUUUAGUUUUCUUAGACGAAGAUGGGGUUUAUCAGGAGUUUCACAAAAUCAUAACUCUGAUUCAGAUGGGGAGAGUUACAGACCAGACUCUGAAAGUAGGAGCACAGGAUCCUGGUUAUCAUCAUCUUUGAGGAACAGAUGUACACCUCUCUUCUCCAGAAGAAGAAGAGAAGGAAGAGAUGAAUCCGCAAGGAUCUCUACCUCUGAUACAACUGCCAGAUCACAACAUGUCUUCAGAAGAAGAGAGUCAGGUGAGGAGACCUCUCUUGAAGCAUCAGAUAGCCCUCCUCGGGCUUCUGUUAGCAGACCACCAACACCUGCAGUAUCUGGUAUUCCUACAGCUACUGCCUCCCCACCAGAUUCAGCCCACAGUAGAAGAAGUUCUGGAAUUCUGCCUGGUUCUCUCUUUCGCUUUGCAGUGCCUCCAACAUUAGGAAGCAGUCUGUCUGACAAUCUUAUGAUAACUGUAGAUAUUAUUCCCUCUGGCUGGAAUCAGUCUGAUGGACAAGAAAGUGGCAAGUCUAAAAUACCACCUUCAAGAGAUCCAGAAAGACUCCAGAAAAUUAAAGAGAGCUUGCUUUUAGAAGAUUCUGAAGAUGAAGAGGGUGACCUAUGCAGAAUCUGUCAGAUGUCCUCUGCAAGUUCUGACAACCUUUUAAUAGAGCCAUGCAAAUGCACUGGAAGUCUGCAGUAUGUUCACCAGGAGUGCAUGAAAAAGUGGCUGCAGUCCAAGAUUAAUUCAGGUUCUUCUUUGGAAGCAGUAACAACUUGUGAACUGUGCAAGGAGAAGUUACAUCUGAAUCUGGAAGACUUUGACAUUCAUGAACUCUAUAGGGCACAUGCAAAUGAACAAGCAGACUAUGAAUUUAUCAGCUCUGGUCUCUACCUUGUAGUGUUGUUACAUUUAUGCGAGCAGCGCUUUUCUGAUAUGCUAGGAACUGCAAGUGAGGCCAGCACACGUGUCAGAGUAAGUAUGCAGUGAUUUUAUGGCAGGAAUUGCUCGUACAGAGAACUUGGAACUAGAUUGUUACCUUGAGCAACCUAGGACCUAGAUACCCAAGAAGCAUGCUUAUUUAACAAAUCUAGGUCUAAAAUGGUCUGGGUUUGUCAAUGCGGUAACACCAUGUUUGAUUUGAAACUGAAGGUACUACUUUGCAAAAUUAUUUUUGUCAAGGUUGUUGGUAAUUCAUUGCUUUGCACGUAUGUUGUCGUGAUUAUUGUGAAUUUAAGCAAAACUGGAAGGUUAACCUCCCUCUGUACAAAGCAUGCAGUUGAGAAUGUUGGACUAUCUUAUUUGAUUAAUUUUUCUCAUUAUGCCAGUCUACAUUGCAAAGGUCUAGACCUUGCAAUGCUUGUCUGCUGGAUUGUGCCUAAAUAUGUACUUGAAUAUUACAUUCUGAAACUGCCUAGCUAUAGUCUGAUUUUGUGGCAUUAGUCAAAACUCUUAUUAGUUGUAUUUGACUGGAUUCUUGAUACUUAAAUGGCUUGGCUUAGAAGUACAGUAAGUACACAUUUUACCAGUAAGAGAUCAUUGUACAAAGUUAUUUCUGCAGUGACUCAUUCCGAAAUCCUGUAUUCUACACGUUUAUUUGAUACUAGAUAAUGAAUUAGUGCUCUUCGUCAACGGAGCUCCUGAAAAGCUGAUUUUUUUUUUUUUUUUUUUUAAUUACAUACAAAGAAUUGACAAUAUUAACUUUAUCGAAUGCUUAUUGGGAUGAUUGCUAGCAGGUACUAGGCCCUUGGGUAGAGGCAGGACUGUGCUCUAAUCUCUUACUGUAUUAGAACAGUGGUCCUCUUUUCUGUACACAUCUAAUGUAGAGCUUGUAUUCCAUGAUCCACAAACGAAAUAUCCAGUUUUCUCUGCUACAAGUGUAGAGACAUAAAAGACAUAUAAUCUAAUAGUAGCAAGCAUCCAGUACAGGUUAUUAGCUUGAGUGUAUUGCAGAAAUAAGAUGUUUUUACUGGUUUUUCAUCAGAGGCGGCAUUACACAGUUGUGUGACACUGCAUUUUAAACCAGUGAGAGCACUGAUGCGUGUUUUGAUGCUGAGCGUACAGCUGAGUUAUGGAAACUGUAGCAUUACCUUCUCGUUUCAUUUUUGCUGUAUCUUAAACAUCUGAACUAUCACUGAAACAGUAAUGUAGAUUGUCAUUGACAAAACAACGCUCGGCUGAGACUUUCAAAGUUGCCUAAGGAACUUGUAUUCCUGGGGAUUUUGGCUUUGGGUUUUGAUACCAUGUACUUCCAACAUUAAACUGCUACCAUUGCCUGAUAGUAAUCCUGCUCUGAAACUUUUUAUUUACAGUUAAAAUCUUAAGUGUAUUUAUGCAUUUUUUAUUAACCUUAUUCAGUCAGAGGGCUCUGUUUUGUCAUAUUAAUAGUGAAGUAAAUGAAAUGGAUCCAACUAAUGCAGUCCUUACAGAUUAUGUUUUUUUGCAUUGCAAUUUCUAGGACCGGUUUUCAUAAAACUGGCACUUGUUUAUGUGUGCUACUUUCAAAAUUGAUGUGUUUUACAGACUGUAGAACAUGAAGGUGAUGCCACUAACUGCUACCAGAAACAUUUGACAUACAGUGGAAGCUGAAAUAACUGUGCAGUAGCAAUUUGAAGUCUAAUGUGUGGAGAUUUGUAUUGAAUUUUGCACAGAUUUUUGUAAGUUGGGCAAAUGGGUUAGGAUAACUGACGUCUGGGAUGAAGCUUUGGGAUGUAAAAAGUGAAGAAAAAGUGAAGAAAACUUUGCUAACUUGUUGCAAAUUUCUGCAGAUAACUUUGCAACUUUUAAACUACUUUCUCUCUGCCUUGUUUCUAGUUUAUUAACCUUGCAAGAACUCUUCAGGCACAUAUGGAAGAUAUUGAAAGUAGGUGCUUCCCCUCUUCCCCUCCCCUCCCAUUAGGUCAACU